AUGGCGUUUUUACAGGAGCAGGUCUGUCGCCAGAAAGAGCAGGCCCGUCGUCAGGAAGAGGAGCUGGUUCGCAAGCUGGAGGAGCGGGCCUGUCACUUGACGGAGAUAAAAGAGCAGGUCCAACAGCCCGAGGACCGUAUUUCACAGCACGAGAGCCUGAAUGCCAAAACUGAGGUUCAAGUAGUGGCUGUGAAGAAGAUCCUGGAAGACAUGAAAACAGGAACAGUAAUUUCAGCCUCAGUUACUGCUGCUCCUUUCUUGCGGGGUUUCAAAGUUAUGCCACUCGAUGGAACAACCUCGUGGCUAGCCCACAGGAUCCAGUUUGAGGCGGUUAUGAAAGCAAACGGCUGGAGCAAGUCACAAGCCAUGACGGCGCUUACUCUGGAACUCCGCGAACCAGCUUUGACCACCCUGGAAGCCUUAGAUAAGAAUGUUACAUAUGAGCAACUUGUGGAGGCGUUGGAAUCCAGAUAUGGAGACGCGCACCCGGAACACGUGUUUCGUGCCCAGUUGAAGGAACGAGUGCAGCGUAGCAACGAAAGUCUUCAACAGUGGGCGCUCGAGAUUGAAAAGCUAGUCCGCAAGGCGUACCGCUCUUUACCUGCCCUUAUUGACGGUAGCCUGGUACAAGAAUUUGUCGACGGUAUCCGAGACUUGGAGGUCAGAGCUGCAGUGUGAUUGGGUCAUCACGAGGCCCUGAAGGACGCCUUAGCGCAUGCCUUGGAGGUAGAUGCUGUAAGGCAGGAUCAUCGAUCUUAUCGUGUCAGAGAGGUGGCAGUUUCACCUGCGCAAGAACGGCCUCAAGGAUACGGCCCUCGAUGCUACACAUAUGGCGAAAGAGGUCACCUCCGGCUGAGCUGCCUGGCGAGGGGUACAGCAAAAAGUGAACGUCGAGAAGAAAGGGUGACAAGUACCGCCCAGCAGUAGCAGAGAAACGAGUAAACGUCAGGACUACGGGGCGGGUGCUUGCUGGUGGUCGAACAGCCCCUAAAAUUUCGAUCUCGCAAGCGCAUAAUGGGAACUGCCUUGUCAUUAUAGGCGAGGUAAAUGGUCAAUUAUUUUUUUUUUAUGUGAAACUUCUUUAGGCGCAUGAGGGUAAAAUUUUUACAGAUGUAACGUCACGCAGGUAUGCAACGGAAGUGUCGAAAAAGAGAGAGAGAGAGCGAUCGAGACCGAUUGAGAGAGAGUAAGACAGGGCGAACGUAGCAUGAAGCAACUAGCCAUGGAGUGAGAGUAGGGAGCAAGCAAGUGAGAAAGAUCGAGAGAAAAAGUGAGACAGAAUGCUCAGUUCCUACAUACUUUAAAACAUACGUAUAAAGUAUUUUAUUUUUAAUA